GGGCUAUUAGCUCGUAGUCCACUCGACCUCGAGGUCUAAUUGUUAAAUAUUUACUAAUUAAUAAUCUAUUAACUAAUAGUUGUACAGAAGAUAAGUGAAGUUUAGGCCAUACGCUACUGUUUAGAAAACUUUAUUUUUUUGUGGGACAACUUCACGACUUUAACUAAUAGUAAAUAAUUAACAAUAUUUAUUAAUAGCAAUUGAUAACUUUACAGAGAUAAGUUUUAAAUUCAGUGUUUUGCUUUUGUUAGGCUUCCAGUUGUUGUUCGCUGUUUUGAGCAUGCUAUAUCGGUAUUUCUAGAUCAGAAAUUCGAUUAUACGCUUGGUUCUCUACAUACUGCUAUUUUAAAAACCUUGAAGACUGAAUGCUGACUGAAUGCUGACUGAAUGCUGACUGAAUAGUGCAUACCAAGACCGCAAUGCAUUAUUGCUGUUUAAUUCCACUUUAGCUUCGUUAUAAAGUGAAAAUUCUAAACUUAAUUGCUUUCCAUCGAAGAUAAAGAACUGAAAUUGUAACUCUGAAACAGUGACACCCCCUUUAAGGGGGUGAUACAAUGACCAAUAAUGCAUUUCGAUAUUGCUACACAAUCUUUAGUUGUCAACGUUAUUUUGACCAGCUGCUGCUACUACAGCUGUUAACAGGAAAAACUCAAUGAACCGAUUACGGACAAAAACAGGAAGAAGUUUUUGAAUCCUACAAUCAUUGCUUCUUCUCCUCGAAGAUAGUGUAAAGUAGAAUGGCUGGAAUAUUUCAGAUGUGACACUGAUGGAGGAGGAUCCUGUUUUUCACGACCCACUUGGCCAGACUAUCGUCGUUCACUUGAACAACCUUAAGUACGACAUUGACCAUGAACAAGAUCUCGUCUUUAAUAAGACUAUUCAUGUGUUCAUCAAAAUCCACAUUGCGAAAUGCACUGAGAUACCAAAAGGUGUUCGGUUGAGCACAAAAAUCAGUGACAAAGAAAUAGAAUUUCGCCAGAAGAGAAAAGAGUUUGUGUUCAACACUAUGAAAGAAGUUCUUGCUGAAAAGGGCCCAAAAAACAUCAAUGAGGUUCCUACCGUUGCUAUCCUUGGUUCAGGUGGGGGAUAUCGUGCCAUGACAGCGUUGAGUGGGACAUUUUGUGCUCUCAAGGACAUUGGAAUCGUAGACUGCUCCAUGUACUUUGCUGGGGUAUCUGGGUCUACAUGGUACAUCUCAACACUUUAUUCCCAUCCUAACUGGCCUAAGAUUCACCCUGUUGAAGUCAACAAAGAACUUCGUAAAAGUGUGGACAAGAGCUUUGCUCGUCUUAUCUUUAAUCCGGCCUGGCUGAAGAAACGUAUUUCUGACAUCAAAGAAAAAAAAAGGCGAGGAGAACCAAUCAGUUAUACGGAUUUCUUUGGCUAUCUCCUAGGAGAUACUUUACUUGCUGAUCGAGACAAUCCCUUGUUAAGCAGUCAGCAGAAGACUUUCCAAGAUGGAACUGUACCCAUGCCUUUGUAUGCUUGUAUCCACGUCAAGAAUGACGUCGGCGCUGAAGUCUUUCAUGAUUGGCUUGAACUGUCACCGUUUGAAGUUGGUAUGUUAAGGUACGGAACAUAUCUCACACCAGAGAAUUUUGGAAACAAAUAUUUCGGUGGUGCUUGCGUAGCUGAGUAUCCUGAGGCCCCAUUGCACUUCAUACAAGGUAUUUGUGGCAGUGGUUUUGCUGUGCUGACGGAUGAACUAAAGUCCAAAAUUCGUUCCUCAAUCACCGGACGCGUCCACAAUGAAGAAGACGACGAAGAACGAGGAGAUGAUACACAAAAACAUUUGAAUUUUAUCCUUGAAACUGUUGAUAAAAUCGACUUUUUAAGUGCGCGAGAUUGCCGUGCUCCUGAAGUACUUAACUUCUUGCGAGGAAUGGACCUGGAGUUUAACCCUCAAGAUCAUACCAAGGAAGAAAUUGCAUCCAGGAAGGAAAUCGCUUCAUCUCAAAGAAAACGAUUGAUGUUCGCCGAUGGUGGAAUAGCUUUCAACAGCCCUUAUCCUUUGCUGCUUCGGACAGACAGACAGGUUGACUUGUUUCUGUCUUUUGAAUACAGUGGAAGGAGGAAAGACGACUUCCCUCUUUUUACGGAAUUAGUUAUAGCUGAGCAGUGGGCAAAGAAGCAUAACUACCCCUUCCCUCCCAUAAACCACGAGGAGCAAUUCAAGAAGUACGGACCAAGGGAAUACUAUGUCUUCAAAGAUGACAAUGAUCCAUCAUGUCCUGUUGUCAUUCACUUUCCUUUGGUGAACAAUCUUUUCAAGACCUUCAAAGCACCAGGUGUUCGACGUGUCACUCCAAAAGAGCUCGAAGCGGGUAAAUUGUCGAUAUUUGAGGAUCACAAAAAGCCGUACAACUUAUUUAGAUUUCAUUACGGAAACGAAACUUUCGACCGCCUGGUAGAGCUGUCUAACUUCAACGUGAAAGUUUGCAAGGAUGUCAUUUGGGAUGAAUUGGCGAAAUGUGUCGAGAAGAAACGACAGUGAAUAUUUUUAAAUGUAAUAAUGUAAUAAAAUAAUGCAUCGAUUGAAACCACGGUCCCCAACACCUGUGGAAUACCAACCUUGUUGAAGUUACGACAAUUUCAUGGCUACUUUUAAAAAGAAGAUUUGAUUUUGAUUUUUUUUUUAAAGAAGAUCUUUGAUUUAGACGUAAAUUCGAUUCCCCGGCCACCUCGUUGAUGGAUGUUCAUAUAAAAACAGUGUUAUUAAAUCCCCGGUAUACCCCGGGUAUUAUGGGACCGCUGUUUCUAUUGAAUAAUGCAUAAAAUAGGAAGAUACAAUAUUUGCACUAAAAUCUCUGUUGACCAAUGAACCGCGUCUUUCGCGCGAAAAUUGUCAGACAUUCUUUCUAAAUCCAUGUUCCUUAAAGGAAUUUAUUUUAGUCAAUUAUUAAGUAAUAUAGACUCUAAAACAUUAAAUACCCCAAUGUAUUUGAA